CUUUUUGCUCACCAGGGACCCCUCUGCAAUGGCAGCAUGGUGUGGAACGUCAACCUGACAGCUAACCCGUACUGUGCAGCCCUGGAAUUCCUGACCAACGUCUCUGACUGCCAUGCCAUCCAAAGGACCCAGAGGAUGCUGAGCACACUCUGCUCUCCCAAGCCCUCAUCUAGGCAGGUUUCCAGCCAGCCCAUCAGAGACACCAAAGUUGAGGUGACCCGGUUUGUCAAAGACCUGCUCCAACAUCUGAGGAAAAUUGUUCGCCAUGGAAAAUUGAAUUGAAUUCAACUGAAGCAUGAAAAACUAGCAGAAUUAUUGGCUAUGUCAAACUGGAAAUGGGGAGGAGGGUGAGGGAAGUGGGUAUGACCUUAGCUUAGACUUCUGC